UUAGUGCUGAGCAUACCUUGGGUGAGCGAUGAUGCGUUCGGCGCAACAGCGGUGGCCGUCGGCCGUCCGUGAAUCCACGGAGCCUGCGAGAGCAUGCCGGGAAGGUUAGAUCCAAUGGAUGUGUAACUUUCCAGUGCGACCGGCACCUCGCCAUUCUCAAUUUCUUGGUAUUUUAUGGGAUGUGGAAAGCAUGGAUGAAAGCCGCCGGACCCGCGGGAUAGGUAGUCGUCUGUACAAGUGCACUCGUUCACUACUCCCUUCUCAUUCGGGUACACGGGCAGGUAUAUAAUUCAACGUACAUAUGCGCCCCUUCGUCUUUCUCGACCCUCACAUCUUACACACUCCGCUGAGAUCUAGGGUAAGUCGCAAUUGAGAUGCACGUUUGCACACUCCCUCAGUCCCCGGUGCACAUCGUCGGCGGGCAUCGCCGGUCAGCUUGGUAUCACGAUUUGCCGCGCUGGCGACCGAGCAAGGUCAUCUCUUCGAGCCCCGCGACAUUAUCGAAACAAGACUUGCCUGCCAGGUCUCGGAAGGACUCUCGGGGUUUUGAAUCGCAGAAGAUGGCAUAUACACCUCAAAAUGGAGACAAUCAGAGGUCAACAAGCUUUGAUGUGAAUGAAAAGCUGCUAGAGGAGAAGGCGUUCACGGUGGAGAUAUCAGAGUUGGAGGUUAGCCCACUGCUCGGUCACGACGACGAGUACCUCUCUCGAGCGUGUCUCCCGCGGAAGCGAUCUCUGAAGACACGCUUCCGGAUCCGACGCCUUUCGCGAUCACAGCGCAGCCACCAUAACUCGGAGGGCAGACCUUCCGUGGAGGCGAAUGGUUCUCCCUCUUCUACAAAGAACAAGAAGCAGUCGCUCGCUACCCACAAGGCACAGGGCGAGGACGCCUCCGGGAACCAACACGGCAGCACUAUGAAUAGUAUGGCCUACCAUAUCGCGGUCGGCCUAUCGUGGAGCAUGCCGGCUCCUUUCGAUAUGAUGCCCACGGGAUACCCAACGAGGUUGUUCUGAGGUUUGAUGAGAUGUUGAUGUGAGGAAGGGAGAGAAUGAGGAGACGUUCAACAAGGCGUUUAGGGGGCUGGAAUUUGGUAUCGGCGUUCGGGUUGGCUAUCGGCGGACGGGGCUUCGUCUUUGUCUUGUACUUCACAAUAUCCUUCCUGGGGAAUGAGCUUGCUAUGAGAUUCGAGUCAGUGUUUCCUUGUGUGACGGAGCCAUUUUGAGUCUUGCCUGAACCUUGAAAUUAUAUUUUGCUUGCGAAUCACACUAUUCUGCCG